UGACCAUAUUGACUAGUUCUAUUCUCAACUCUGCUAAGUGACUUAAUGGAUCUGGAAUAUUCCUACCAGAAGAACAAAACUGAGAUUCAUGAUAUCCAAAGUGUGGGCCAGAUCGUCCUUCUAAUGGCAGAGAAAUCUUGACAUCCUUCUCUUUCAACACUGAUCAUUCCUCUUUACAGGUAAAGUAAACCAUAGUGUAUGGCCACUAGAAACAGGACGGAAGUGACUGAAUUUGUCUUACUGGGCUUGUCCAGCUGGCUGGAGAUGCAGCCACUCAUUUUUGGAAUUGUCCUUACCAUGUACCUGAUUGCAGUUAUGGGCAAUGCCCUACUGGUAAUUGUUGCUUGCUUAGACUCUAUGCUUCAGACCCCUAUGUAUUUCCUUCUCAGACAGCUUUCCUUUACUGACAUAUUUCUGACAACCAUCACCGUUCCUCAGAUGCUGGUUCACACACUGGCUGUGAGCCGAACCAUUUCCUAUAACCGCUGCAUGAUACAGCUAUUCUUCUUCAUGGCUGUAGGCAGCAUGGAAGGCCAUGUACUGGCUGCCAUGGCCUAUGAUCGCUAUGUUGCCAUCUGUGAUCCCUUAAGGUACUCGACCAUUGUCACCCAGCAUCUGUGUCUGCGUAUAAUACUGACCUCAUGGGUAGUGGUCAGCCUCAACAGUCUCCUGUACAGUGUGCUGGUCGCCCGUUUAACCUUCUGUGGGAACCGAGUCACUCACUUCUUUUGUGACAUCACUCCACUGCUGAAGCUCUCUUGUACUCGCCCAUUGGUGAACGAAAUGCUAAUCUUCACUGAGGGCGUAGCUGUGGUGGUCAGCCCAUUCUUCUUCAUUUUGGGUUCCUAUGCUCGCAUAGGUGUUGCCAUAGCCCACAUGCACUCAGUGGCUGCCCUGCGCAAAGCUCUUUCCACCUGUAGCUCCCACAUCUUGGUUGUGCUGCUCCUGUAUGGCUCUGUGAUUCUCAUGUACCUUCGCCCAUCCUCCAGCUACAAUUUGGACCAGGAUCGCCAGGUUGCCAUCUUCUAUACAGUAGUCACUCCAAUGCUAAACCCCCUCAUCUACAGCCUCCGGAACCAGGAAGUCAAGGGAGCUCUGCGAAGGCUUUUCAGAAAACUCUCACCUCAAUCAGUGUCAUCAUAUGUGUUCUUCCCUGGAAUGUAA